AUGAACGAGGCAUUUAACUUAAAACUCGACAUUUGUCAGCAUAAAGAUCCACUGAUUGCCGGCCUUUGCUGGAACGAUAUCUUACAAAGGUAUUCGCAAUGCGUGUUGACAAGACCCAACGACAAACUGGUUGCAAUUUCUGGCAUCGCGAAAUCGUUCUCAGAACUUGGUAGAUCUGAAGAUUACUUUGCUGGUCUGUGGCGCAGACUCAUACUGUCUCUAUUGUUAUGGAGCAGGACGAAUCGGCUUCGAUCAUGUAUCACAAAAGCAGAUGAAUAUCGAGCGCCCUCAUGGUCAUGGGCUAGUGUCGACGGUUCUAUCCGCUUAGGAAAGCCUAUGUAUAACGACCCUAUGACAAGCACGUUAAUUGAUGUUAAGGCGGAGAAUGUAACCCCAGACAGAUUUGGGCAGGUGAUUAGUGGCAGCAUAACUAUCGCUGGUUCACUAAAGCUAUUCUCAUUCAAGAGCAAAGAAAUCGUGGACUCGGCAGAUCGAUGUAUUAUGAGAUGUGAAGAUAUGUAUCUGCAGGACAAGUUCUAUAAAUUCGGGGUUCGCGGAUUCGGGCAUGCACUAUUGGACCAAGACUUCUCGACAUUGAAAGAUGUUUCUCGACUCCACUUUCUGCCCCUGAUCUUGGACAAAUGGCGCACUGAGGGGCUUCUACUAUCGCCGACUGGCAAGGCCAAAGGUCACUUCCAGAGAAGUGGCGUAUUGCAAAUUAGCCACUCAAAGCUGGGCAUAUGGCAUCCUUGCGAAAGCGAUUGUUUAGAAUAUGAGAGCUUCAACGGGAGCUUGUACACGGUAACAAUCAUUUGA